UGUCAAAGCUGAAUCCACGGAGUAGACUAUCUCUCUGACCAUUAAUAUUAUAAACUGUUUAAACUAUUCAGACAGGACAGAGAUCAAGAUUCAUGUCAUUGAGUGAUGGGGAAUGGGCUCUGCACCGAGAAAGCAGGUGGAUCAAGUGAAGGAGGAGCCCCUCAGCAGUGAAGCCUCAUCAUCAACGUCAUCAUCAAAUAACUCUGUACCGCACAUCGUCAUCACAGCUCCGUCUCGAGAAAACCUGUUUGAAAGACCUGAUGGUCUUAAAAUAGAGGAUGUAAGUAAAGAGCCGCGACCUGGAGGAACUCCUGUGUAUGUUGGUCGAGGUCGUUUUAUGGCGGGAACAGCCUGAUUUAUGAGUUCUGUGAAUGGAUGUGGAAGUGACUGGAGAUGGAAAACUCAACAGACACAGAUCUAGAGCCUUUAAAGCUAAAAUCUUUAAAAACAGACAAGACCUUUAUAGUACCACAGAGAGAACGGUUAGGAAAAUGCAGGAGUGUGAAAGAGUUUGAGAAGAUGAAUCGCAUUGGAGAGGGAACAUAUGGCAUAGUGUACCGAGCACGUGACACAAGAACAAAUGAAAUUGUUGCGCUGAAGAAAGUGCGAAUGGAUAAAGAGAAAGAUGGGAUUCCCAUUAGUAGUUUACGGGAAAUUAACCUCCUGCUUCCAUUGAGACACCCGAACAUCGUAGAGCUGAAGGAAGUGGUGGUGGGAAGCCAUUUGGAAAGUCUGUUUCUGGUGAUGAGUUACUGUGAACAGGAUCUGGCCAGUUUACUGGAGAACAUGCAGACACCGUUCUCUGAAGCUCAGGUGAAAUGUAUUGUUAUCCAGCUGCUUAAAGGACUGGAAUAUUUACAUCAAAACUUCAUUCUUCACAGGGAUUUAAAGGUUUCUAAUCUGCUGAUGACAGACAAGGGCUGUGUUAAAAUAGCUGAUUUCGGUCUGGCUCGUGUUUAUGGUAUUCCUUUACAGCCCAUGACUCCACGAGUGGUCACACUGUGGUAUCGGGCACCAGAGCUCCUCCUAGGGACCAAGACACAGACCGCUGCACUGGACAUGUGGGCAGUCGGGUGCAUCUUUGCUGAACUUCUUGCUCAUAAACCUCUUCUGCCUGGAGCAUCAGAGAUUCAGCAGGUGGAUUUGAUCGUACAGCUGCUGGGAACACCCAAUGAAAAUAUCUGGCCGGGUUUUUUACGUCUUCCCUUGGUCAAGCAGUACAGUCUCAGAAAACAACCCUAUAAUAAUUUAAAAAACAAGUUCACCUGGUUAACAGAAGCUGGCCUGAGACUGCUUAACCUUCUCUUCAUGUAUAACCCACAACACAGAGCCACAGCUAAAGAAUGUUUAGAAAGCUCCUACUUUAAGGAAAAGCCUUUGCCGUGUGAACCCGAGCUGAUGCCCACCUUCCCUCAUCACAGAAACAAACGUGCCGGUCCUGCGGCUGAAAACCAGUCUAAACGAAACAAAAUAUGAUCGACACCUGUCACAAAUGCGUUGUUUCUCAUUGUGUAAGUUAUUGUACAUGUUAAAAAUGUGAGCAGUUACACACCUUGUAAAUAGAUUGAAAAGUGUGCAAAUAGUUGUUUGAAUCAUACAAAUAAAAUCUUAUUCUGUUUA